AUGCGAUUGCUCAUUUCAUCACCAUCCUCAUCAAGUGCUUCAUCCGGUUCAGAAUCCGAUAAUAGUACACAAAUUCGUAUUGGUCGAAUUAAAAAGGCAUCAAAUGAGCAACGUCAACGAUAUCAACUGAUGAAUAGAUUACGAACAAUGGUACCAAAUGCUCGAAGUGCUACAACACAACUUGAGCUAUUACAAUAUAUCAUUGAUUAUAUCUCCGAUUUACAGCAAAUUGUUGAUGAUGAUGAUGAUGAUAAUGAUAAUGAUGGUGAUAUUAAUGAUAGAAGGAUAUCAACUGUUGUACCAUUUAAACAAAAUCCAACAAUUACUGAUUUAUCGCUUUUGUUUGCUAAGAUUAGCACUACAACCAAUAUCACAUCGAUCAGUUCAAUGAAAUAUUCCGCCAGACAUGAAUUCUAUCAGAAACAAAGUAAUCAACAUAUUCAAAUUUCAAAAUCUGAUUGUGAAUCACAAUAA